AGGGGUGACUGGGGCUCAAGCAGAUGGGGCGUGGCGAUGGGGGGCGCCAGUGACUGGAGCGCGAGGCGAUGAGGAGUCACGGGGAAGGGUGACUGUGGCGGAGCCCAGGGGCCUCCCAGAUGCCUGGAGCAGAAGGAAGGUGCUGGUGGCGGGCCUCGCCCUGGACCAGAGCUGAGGACAAAGCACUGAAGAAAGGCUGGCUCCAAACCCCACAUGCAUCCGCGCUGGAGGCCCGCCCGGGCCCAGAUCUGUGGCGGGCAGCGACAGGGCAUGAGGUCAAGUUCUGUCUAGCUGCACGGUGUCCUUUCAUGCAGGGCACCGGGGACACCUUUCCAAGUGAAGUGGGUCAAGCCAUGGCGUCAGAAUCCCAGUAGCCCUCCGCCAAGUCCCCCUCACGUGGGUGCCUCGUCCCUGGCAAUCGCACAUCUAGGGAAGUGCGCACAGCCGUCACCAGGAAACGCUGGGGCCAGGGUGCCGCUGUCCAACUCGCUGUCUCACGUGUGGUUCUUUGGUGUCUUUCUGGGAGGCUCAGAGGCUCUUAAGUUUCUCUGCGACGCAACCCUCCUAAGAGUGUUGCCUGCAAAGGGCCUGAAUUCUUCAUUUGUCCCUUCAUGUGUCCGGAGUUCAAAAAGGGAUCCUGAGAGCCGACACCUAGACAGUUCCUCGGCGCGCUUUGCUAAGCGGACCCGCCGUGCAAGGACCGGCUCAGAGAGGCCCGGUGCGCAGGGGCCGGGCGAGGGGAGGUCCCGGCCAGUGAUGAGUGGCCGCGUGCCGCUGGCGGAGAAAGCCCUGUCUGAAAGCUACGCCCGGCUCCGGUACCGGGACACCUCCCUGCUCAUCUGGCAGCAGCAGCAGCGCAAGCUGGAAUCGGUGCCCCCCGGGACCUACCUGAGCAGGAGCCGGAGCAUGUGGUACUCGCAGUACGGAAACGAGGCCAUCCUGGUGCGGGACAGAAACAAGCUUGAAGUCUCCCGGGACACGGGCCAGUCCAAGUUCUGUGCGAUCAUGUAACGCGAGCCUGGAAACCGGGGCCCAGGCACCAGGCCAAGGGGAGGAACGGGCCACGCUCAGCGGCCUUGGUGACUUCCGGUCCUUCCUGGGAGACUCUGGAUAGUGAGCGUGAAGAUCCAGCCGCGCUGGCAGAACCCGAGCCCGGCAGUGGCGCCCAAGCCCUCUCCCACGGUACCGAGGGCCUGGCGGACCUGGCCUCCGGCCCGGACCAGGCCAGGGCGCACGGGCAGGUCCUGCUUUUCUCUGAUGCUUCCAGAAUGAACCAAGCAAGAAGGGCUCCCUGGCCACAAAGAGCCUUUUCAAAGGUUUCUAGGCUGUUUUCAGUAUUCCCUUCUGCCUUGUCUGGAGACAGAGCUAGGAGAAGCUCGGGGAGUCAGCGUCACACACGGGCCGGCGGCACCUGCAGGGGGAGCUGGGUGCAGUCGGCGGCGGCGGCACCGCGACAACGACUCUCUUGCACUGCGCGUCCAGGUACAAGAUGGCCAUCCCAUGCCAGGCGCCGUGGCAGCUUCCACACCGGCUGCCGAGUACCUCCCGGCACAGGCCGGAAGCCCGGAAUGACUGGUCAGCUCCGCCCCGGCCGCCGCGUAGUACGGAGAGGUCACACGUGAUCACGUGGCCGGAAGAGGCUGUAGGCUUCUCGCAUCGCGUCACCUCUGCGGGGCCGGUGCGUGCCACUCGCAGGCGGGCUGUGUUUGUGAGGCAUUUUCAAAGGAUUUGCUGUCUGCUGUGACUGAAAUCCGUGAGGCUAUGCACAUGGGGAGCUUUUGUCAAGACUAGUUUUUCUAAAUAAAUAUCCUUUGGGACACUCCUUC